AUGGAGAACUUUGUGAAUAUGGGACGCCAAUUCCUGGAAGGCCAGCAAGGCCAGCAAGGCCAGCAGGGCCAGCAGGGCUCUGGAUUUGACGUGGGCAACAUGAUGAACCAGUUUAUGGGCCACGGUCAGCAGCAGCAUCCUCAGGGCAUUCCGCAGGCGCAGCAGGGCAACGGUCUGGACUUCAGCAGCAUGAUCCAGCAUGCUAUGACCAACGACCAGCAAGGUGGCCAGAACUCGAAUAUGUUCAGCCAGGCUGCUAGUUUCCUGCAAAACAAGCACCAAAACGGCGACAUUGACGGGAACGUCAACGAGGCUGACCUGAUGAACUCGUUCCACAAGGUAAACCAAAAUGGUGGCGGCUCCUCUCAGGAAGUCGGCCAGGCUGCUGCUGUGCACGCAUUUAAGCAGUUCUUCGGCAACAACAAUGCGCAGCAGCAGCAGGGUGGCGUGAAUGCCCUGCUGGGCAAGGCCAUGGCGUUCGCUGGCCAGCAGUCCGGUGGCGACCAAAAUGCGAUGAACCAUGCUAGUGAAACUGUAAUGAAGAUGGUUAUGAAGCACAAGAUGCAUUCUAUGCUGAACGGUGGUAGUGCACCUAGCUUCAGCGAUAUGUCCAAGGUCAUGUCUCUCUUGUCGUAA